GUGAAGCUGACUGCGUACCCGAAAACCGUGUGACGGAUGCCUUGUAUUGAAAAUAAGCUUUUGGGGAAUUUAUUUAUCCGUUAUGCAUUCUGGAAAUAAUAGGAAAACCUGCAGGUGCAAGUGAAGGGGAGGAACCGGGUGGACGCACGUGAACCUCUCACUCAUCCAAAGCCAGGAAACAGAAAGGAGAGAGAGGGACGCGUUACGAGCAAGUGCCGCAAAUUGGACUUUCCACCAUCAGCAACCCUCCUCUCUCUCCUCUCUUCUCUCUCUCUCUCGCCAUCCCUGCUCCUCCUCUGUAGGUUUUCCCCACUUACUCCCAUCCAACCUCAGUUAUUCUCCCAGUAUCCUCCAGUGAUCCCUGAAUAGCCUUACGCCGGGGCGCUCUUCGCGUAUCAGUGGGGUUUUUUUGGAUUUCGGGGGUGACUUAGGAGAAGCUGGAGAUGGAUUAAAGGGACGGUGCACCGCAAAACUGGAGCAGCACGCACGACCACGCCGGGGGGGAAGGGGGCGCCGGGACUCGGUGAAUUCGCGGAGCCCCCGGGACAGAGGCUGUGACUGGGCCCACCCCAAGAUGACGUCCCCUAAAAACAAAGCCAAGAAGAAACCACCCAAAGACAGCAUGACACUACUGCCAUGUUUUUAUUUUGUUGAGCUCCCCAUCGUCCUGUCCUCCUUGGUGUCCCUGUACUUCCUGGAGCUGACAGACGUGCUGUCUCCGGCGAUGGUGGGCUUCCGUUGCCAUGACCGUGACCUCUCCAUGCCCUACGUGGAGACUGGUGAUGAACUCAUCCCUCUGUUGAUGCUGCUGAGUUUGGCCUUCGCUGGUCCUGCAGCAUCUAUCAUGAUGGGGGAGGGUCUGAUGUAUUGUAUGCAAUCCAAGCUGAAGACUUGUCCCAAGUCGGAGAGCAGCAUCAAUGCCGGAGGCUGCAGUUUCAACUCCUUCCUACGCAGAACUGUGCGCUUCGUCGGUGUUCACGUGUUCGGUCUCCUGGCAACAGCCCUGGUGACAGAUGUCAUCCAGUUAGCUACUGGUUACCACGCCCCUUUCUUCCUCACCGUCUGCCAGCCCAAUUAUACAGUGCCGGGAGUGUCAUGUGACAACAAUGCCUACGUCACACAGGACAUAUGCAUGGGGAAAGACCUAUAUGCCAUUAUGUCAGCUAGGAAAACAUUUCCAUCCCAGCAUGCAACGCUCUCUGGCUUCGCUGCUGUCUAUAUCUCCAUGUAUUUUAAUGCCAGCAUCAGCAGUACAACCAAGCUGCUGAAGCCAUUGCUGGUGUUUGCUUUUUGCAUGGCGGCGGGCCUCGCCGGGCUGACACAGAUAACUCAGCACCGCAGUCAUCCCAUAGACGUCUACGUGGGAUACCUCAUAGGAGCUGGCGUCGGAGUCUACCUGGCGGUGUACGCAGUGGGAAACUUCAAAGCAUCAGAAGAAGAUGCUCCUUCUUUAACCAAACUUACCCAAGCCCAGCAUAAGGACGGCUUGAGGGUGCUGAGCCAGCGGAGUCAUGACUCCUUGUACAGGAAGACUCCCAGGGUGUCAGAGAGCAGGGAGGAGCUGGGGGCGGCGCUGGGAUCCGGGGCCCGCAGUAAGGUGAGGAGGGAAAAGGCAUCCCUGGCGUCCCUAAAACGAGCAAGUGCUGAUGUGGAGCUUCUGGCAACCCGGGGUCCCAUGGGCAAGGAAACCAUGGUAACCUUCAGCAACACCUUGCCCCGAGUUGCAAACGGCAACAGCCCCAUCUCUCCCUCAGAGGAGCCAGUUGUCACACAGCGCCACAUGACCUUCCACGUGCCCUUUGAUCCCCAGAGAUCUCGGCAGCUAGUGUCAGAGUGGAAGCAGCGUUCGCUGGAGCUCCGCAGCCAGAGCUCACGAGACGAGGAGGAAGGCAUGGACGGAACAGACGGGAGAGAUGGAAAAGAUGAGGGAGGAGCAGCAGGAGAAGGAGGAGACCAAGGGAUGCCUUCCUCUCUCUAUCCCACCGUGCAAGCCAACAAGGGCACCGCCACACCAACUGGAGCUAGGAUGGUGGUGGCACCCCCACUGGUUCACAUCCCUGAGGAGGCAUCUCGGCCACCGCCUGUCUCUCCAAAGAGUGCCAAGACCAGAGCCAAGUGGCUGUCACUCACCGAGGGAGGAGGGCCAAAAGAGCCAGGAGCAGGGCCCAUUGCAGUGUCGACUCCCCGUGUGCCCAACACGCAGCCCGCUCAGCCACCCAGCCAGCAAAGAGUCACUCAGGUCAUAGCCAUGUCGAAGCAGCAAGGUCAUGGCAUCAUCUCGUCCACUAAGACAUCAGAGGGUGGCUCCUCUUCUGGCGGUGGGUCCAAUUGUUCUGAGUCACCCUAUUACCGCAUCCCUUCUGACCGAGACAGCUGCACUGGCAGCAACCCAGGGAGCAUCGCCGGCAGUGGGAGCAUUGUCACCAUCGACGCUCAUGCCCCUCACCACCCAGUGGUGCGCGUGUCAGCCAGUAAUGGCAAGCCAUGGGAGUGGAGGAACACCAUCAGCGGUAACAUGAUGAGUGGCGACCCAGCGGGGGACAAACAUCGUGGAGCGCUGCAGCGACAGGAAAAUGUCUGUCACUACCGGGAUUACCGAACACUCCCAGUGAAAACGGACUCUGUCUGCUCCUCCUCGGCCAGCGGCAGCGGCGAUGGUGGACCGGAGCCUCCUCCCCCACCUCUACCCACCUCCUCCUCCCCUCUCCCUCCCCCACCUCAGCUGUCAUCAUCCCCUCUUCCGCCACCACCCCCUCACUCAUCUUCUUCCCCAUUGCCACCCCCUCCGCACCCAAGCUCCUCACCGAUGCCUCCUUUUCCUCACCCUGCCUCCUCUCACAUGCCUCCCCCUCCUCACCCGUCCUCUCAGACAUCCCCACCACCCCUCCCACCGUCCUCUCAAAUGCCCCCACCUCCUCACCCAUCAUCUUCCCAAAUGCCCCUGCCUCCUCACCCAUCCUCCUCCCAAAUGCCCCCACCUCCUCACCCAUCUUCCUGUCAAAUGCCCCCACCUCCACAGCCAUCAUCUUCCCCCUUGCCUCCUCCACCACACCCCUCCACCAUGCUGCCGCCUCCACACCCGUCCUGCUCCAGCAUGCUCCCCCCUCCUCCCCACCCUGACUUACUGAUGGACGGCCACAGCCAGAUGCUGUCCCGCUCUUCCACCUUGCCUCGUCGGCCCUCCGUCUCCGCCCGCAGCCAUGCUGAGCAGGAGAAUUACUACAAGGCCAUGCAGAACGAGAGGAUGUUAUAGUAAAAGGGGCAAGAUGACGGACAUCAUUGUCAUAUCAAUGAUUGUACUUCAGAAGACUCAGCUGAAAGAGACAGUGACAGGAAGUAGGUUAUGGCAGGUGAAGAGACUUAUUACUUUUGAAAAAUGACAAAAAGGUUUAGAGACUCUGAAUCCAGAACAGCAGCUUCAGUCAAAAUGCUGGAGAUGAAGAGGCAGCAGGGGUGGAAGACUAUGGGGAUGUCUGGCAGCUCACACACAUUCAGCAAGGGGAUCUGCUUUUUCCCUGCUCAUACAUACUGCCCACAGCGCUGGCUCAACGGCCUUGACUGAGAAAAGAACAGACAAGGGAAGAAAGGGUAAUCAAAGAACGUAGGGUGACGAAUUCAGAACCCUAUUUCACCUCUAGGUUCAGCACACACAUCCUCUGUGUUUCUCUGAGACACAUUAAAAGAAGGAAAGGAAGAAGCUGCAGCUGAAAGAGAGAUAUCACAAUGAACGGUCUGGGAUUUGCUCAAUCUAGUUUCCCUUGAGAGGGGGAAUAAGACGGAGAAAACAAAACAACUACAGGCAAUACUAGCGAUUCUUAAACUAGCGCAGCUGUUUGAGGUUGCCAACCAUUACACAAAGAGAAUUUGUUCCUGUAACCAGCUGAAAAACUCAUGUUUCAAAGCACCCACAAGCUAGGAAUAAAAGAAAAAUGCAGUAAUGUUAAGUUCAACCACAGGUUCAAGCAUAUUAGCAACAACUCACAAAUGCAUGAGAGCAUUUCCCCUCUGAAUAAACAAACCAAAUGGGGACUUUUAUGUUUGAUGCCAAGCAAAUCUGUCAGUAUCCACCAGAGAGAGGCGGCUUAGGAAGCGUUGCUUCUUUUUGGGGUGUGAGAAGAAGUAGGAGGAGGGGGGUGGGUGGGUAUAAGGAGGAUCACGCACAGUUGGGCACCCCAAUACAGACGUCACUGAAUGGAUUACUGUUGUAAACAUGAGAGGCGGUGGAAAGGAAAGAGAAUUGUUCCUUAAAUGAAGAGGGUGGCUGGGCCGCACAGCACAACAAGCCAAGCAACCAGCCUGUCUUUGCUGUGUGCAAAACCUGCCACGGAGCCUGAAGCAGCACUAAAGAGAUUAACGUUUGUUUAUCAAACCAUGCUAGCACACUCUUCCUUCCAUAGCCCUUCUUAUUUGGCCCUCUGGCAAAUCACAAUGGUGAUGGGAAUGUUAAUGGAAAGCUGCCUAGGCAGUAGUGCAGCCCGCAAUCACCCCCAACAUGCACAUUGGCUCAAGCAGGUGCUGGUCUGACACAGAUAAUUGCCUUGCGUUGCCACUACUCUCUGUUUAUACGUGUUGGCAUUUCAAAGAUGUUGGUACCACUCUCUAAUAAUGCAUUUUAACAUUGUUGGGGUUUAUAAGUUGCUUCUUUAUUAAUCAUCAUUUAUAUAUGCUUUAUAGAUCAGUCAUAACACAUUCACAAGAGCAACGUUUGGUGGGUGUAAAAAAACGCUUUCAUUGGUAUACAUUUAUGUUUUAUCUAGAUAUUUGAUUUAUCAGGACAAACCCUCUAGUUUAGCUGUACCUUAGUGAUAUAUAAAAUCUCCCCAUACAUUAUCUGUGCCUGCUUAUCCUUUGCAAGGUUGUGGGGGAUUCACAGAUCACAUGUCUAUCACAGGGUUAUCCUAUGCUUCAUUAGAAAGUGGUACUAAGAUUUUUGUUUAUAUUUUUACAUUAAAAACUAAAUAGCCAAAUAUGAAUAAACUGACAUAACAAAAAUCAUGAAAAAAUUGUUUCAUUCAGAGGUUAUAAGAAUGUGAGUACUAAAGCCAAUGGUUGAAAGAACCAUUUUGAUAAUCAAGUUAUUUAUCAAGCGAAAAUGGCCAAUAUUUGUUAGUUGCAGCUUCUCAAACAUAAAGGUUCAAUGUUUUUCUCUGUUUUAUAUGAUUGUCAAUUGGAUAUCUUCGAGUUUGGGAGUGUUGGUUGGACAAAACAAGCAAUCUGAAGACAUCACCUCUGGCUCUGGAAAAAUGUGAUGGGCAUUCCUCAUAAUUUUCAGAUAUUUUUAGACCAAAUGAUUCAUCAAUUGAUUGGAAAAAAAAUUAAAUAAUCAAUCGUUUCAGCCCUUUCAACACUGAAUCAACAUCUACAAGUAAGGAGGAAGUGCGUAACCUGCUGGUGUUCUUCCUGCUGACCUCUGCCUCUUUGUGUAUUUAUACUUUAUUGUAUAAAGUUGUAAUCUGGUACCUAUCAUUUCAUACAUCCAAGUUUUUUUUCUAACUAUCAGACAUAUUCCAGCCAUUGACAAGUGCUUUAUUUUAUAUCAUAUUAUAACCAAAUGCAGACAAACAGAUGGAAAAGCUGGUUUUCACUCAUUCACCACAACAUCUGAAGGAUACAUGAACCGAUUUUGUAAAGUUGUGCUAGGAAUGGGGUGGCAUUAAAUGGAACAAGUUGUAUUUUGUAGUGGAGCUCCUCUAAUGAGGAGCUGGUAGAUAAUGUUGCUUGUCAGUUUGUGCUGCAUGUGUGUACGGGCGUGUUUUUUUAACUUCUGUGCUUCAAGUCUGCGUCAAAACCCUUGACAGACAGACAUGCUGCAUUUUUUUAGUGCUGGUGAUUAUCGUACUACUUUCCCCCCAUUUUAACUGUAAAAAAACUUCAUAAUGCCUAAUAUUAUUAAUACUAUUAUUAUUCUGCAGUCCUUUUUAAUGGGCUAAUGUUUUCUAUCUGUAGUGAUGUGUAACAAUAAUAACCUUAUUGAAUAAAA